AUGCUCUCUGGAUAUUAUUGCAGCAUCCUUGGGCGAUACAUUGAUCUCGCUCGGAAUGAAACACGACGAGAUGCGUACAAGAUUGCAAGUCGUCCUAUGGAAGUUAGGUAUCCGUGGGGCAAUGGGGACUCCUUCAUGGCAAUAUUGUCGGCAGGCUUAUGCCAAGCUUUGGAUGACAUGGCUGUGGUAAUGUCCAAGAUAUGCCAGGGUCAACGGAUGUUGGACACGUUCACCCUGAGGGUGAUAUUUCUUGUGACCCGGAUGGUCUCGGACGGGAGCGCACAUUCUCAAGAAAAGCCUUGGGCUCGAGCAGCGAAUUUCCCACUAUCGUUGGGUUAG